AUGGCUGGGCUGGGCAGGCUGCAGGAGGCUGGGGACCUGUGGAAACGGAGUUUAUGGGAGGAGCUGAGCGGCCUGGACGACGAGCAGCACAGCGUCCGCACCUAUGAGGUGUGCGACCUGAGGCGCCCCGGCGGCCAGGCGCACUGGCUGCGCACCGGCUGGGUGCCGCGGCGCGGGGCCGUCCACGUGUACGCCACGCUGCGGUUCACCAUGAUGGAGUGCCUGUCCCUGCCCAGGGCCGGCCGCUCCUGCAAGGAGACCUUCACCGUCUUCUAUUACGAGAGCGAGGCUGACACCGCCACGGCCCACACGCCGGCGUGGAUGGAGAACCCCUACGUCAAGGUGGACACGGUGGCCGCGGAGCACCUGACCCGGAAGCGGCCCGGCGCCGAGGCCACCGGCAAGGUCAACGUCAAGACGCUGCGCCUGGGCCCGCUCAGCAAGGCUGGCUUCUACUUGGCCUUCCAGGACCAGGGCGCCUGCAUGGCGCUGCUGUCGCUGCGCCUCUUCUACAAGAAGUGCCCGCGGCUGGUCACCAACCUCACCUCCUUCCCCGAGACCGUGCCCCGCGAGCUCGUGGUGCCCGUGGCGGGAAGCUGCGUGGCCAACGCCGUGGCCGCGGCCGGCCCCGGCCCCAGCCUGUACUGCCGUGAGGACGGCCAGUGGGCGGAGCAGCAGGUCAGCGGCUGCCGCUGCGCGCCCGGGUUCGAGGCCGCCGAGGGCAACAAGGUGUGCAGAGCCUGUGGCCAGGGCACCUUCAAGGCCCAGACGGGCGCCGAGGCCUGCCAGCCGUGCCCGGCCAACAGCCACUCCAACACCGUGGGCUCCGCCGUCUGCCUGUGCCGGAUCGGCUACUACCGGGCCAGGGCCGACCCCCGGAGCGCGGCCUGCACCACCCCGCCGUCGGCGCCGAGGAGCGUGGUCUCCCAGCUGAACGGCUCCUCGCUGCGGCUGGAGUGGAGCGCCCCGCUGGAGUCCGGAGGCCGCGCCGACCUGGCCUACGCCGUGCGCUGCCGCGAGUGCCGGCCGGGCGGCCCCUGCCUGCCCUGCGGGGGCGACCUGACCUUCGACCCCGGCCCUCGGGACCUGCGGGAGCCCUGGGUGGCCGUCCGAGGGCUGCGGCCCGACGCCACCUACGCCUUUGAGGUGUCCGCUUUGAACGGCGUGUCGGCCUUGGCCGCCGGGCCGGCUCCCUUCGAGCCCGUCAACGUCACCACCGACCGUGAGGUGCCCCCCGCGGUGUCCGACAUCCGCGUCACUCGCUCCUCACCCAGCAGCUUGAGCCUGUCUUGGGCUGUGCCCAGAGCACCCGGCGGGGCCGUGCUGGACUAUGAAGUCAGGUAUCAUGAGAAGGGCGCAGAGGGCCCCAGCAGCGUUCGGUUCCUGAAGACCUCAGAAAACCGGGCUGAGCUCCGGGGGCUGAAGCGGGGAGCCAGCUACCUGGUGCAGGUCCGCGCCCGCUCCGAGGCCGGCUAUGGCCCCUUCGGCCAAGAGCAUCACAGCCAGACUCAGCUGGAUGAGAGCGAGAGCUGGCGCGAGCAGCUCGCCCUGAUUGCGGGCACUGCGGUGGUGGGCGUGGUCCUGGUCCUGGUGGUCGUGGUCAUCGCUGUCCUCUGCCUCAGGAAGCAGAGCAGCGGGCGGGAGGCUGAGUACUCCGACAAACACGGGCAGUACCUCAUCGGGCACGGUGCUAAGGUGUACAUUGACCCCUUCACUUACGAAGACCCCAACGAGGCGGUGAGGGAGUUUGCCAAAGAGAUUGACGUGUCCUAUGUCAAGAUUGAAGAGGUGAUCGGAGCAGGGGAGUUUGGUGAGGUGUGCCGGGGCCGCCUGAAGGCACCGGGGAAGAAGGAGGGCUGUGUGGCCAUCAAGACCCUGAAGGGUGGCUACACGGAGCGGCAGCGGCGAGAGUUCCUGAGCGAAGCCUCCAUCAUGGGCCAGUUCGAGCAUCCCAACAUCAUCCGCCUGGAGGGCGUGGUCACCAACAGCGUGCCGGUCAUGAUCCUCACGGAGUUCAUGGAGAACGGAGCCCUGGACUCCUUCCUGCGGCUCAACGACGGGCAGUUCACCGUCAUCCAGCUGGUGGGCAUGCUCCGAGGCAUCGCGUCGGGCAUGCGCUACCUGGCCGAGAUGAGCUACGUGCACCGAGACCUGGCCGCCCGCAACAUCCUGGUCAACAGCAACCUGGUCUGCAAGGUUUCGGACUUCGGCCUGUCCCGCUUCCUGGAGGAGAGCUCCUCGGACCCCACCUACACCAGCUCCCUGGGAGGGAAGAUCCCCAUUCGGUGGACCGCCCCCGAGGCCAUCGCCUUCCGGAAGUUCACUUCGGCCAGCGACGCCUGGAGUUACGGCAUCGUCAUGUGGGAGGUCAUGUCGUUCGGGGAGAGGCCGUACUGGGACAUGAGCAACCAGGACGUGAUCAACGCCAUCGAGCAGGACUACCGGCUGCCGCCCCCGCCGGACUGCCCCACGGCGCUGCACCAGCUCAUGCUGGACUGCUGGCAGAAGGACCGCAACGCGCGCCCGCGCUUCCCGCAAGUGGUCAGCGCCCUGGACAAGAUGAUCCGCAACCCCGCCAGCCUCAAGAUCGUGGCCCGGGAGCACGGCGGCGGGGCCUCGCACCCGCUCCUGGACCAGCGGCAGCCCCACUACUCGGCCUUCGGCUCCGUGGGCGAGUGGCUGCGGGCCAUCAAGAUGGGGCGAUACGAGGAGAGCUUCGCCGCGGCCGGCUUCGGCUCCUUCGAGGUGGUCAGCCAGCUCUCUGCAGAGGACCUUGUCCGGAUUGGAGUCACCCUGGCAGGGCACCAGAAGAAAAUCCUGGCCAGCGUGCAGCAUCUGCAGUCCCAGGCCAAGCCGGGAGCCCCCGGCGGGACAGCCGGGCCCGCCCAGCAGUUCUGAGGACUCGGCGCCCCAGCCUCCCGCUGGAUUGCACUUUGACAGGGGGGUCGGACUUGGUAACCUUGGAGCCCCAGGAUUUGCGAAAGCGUGCCCUGUGGCUAGCGGGCAGGAACCCCAGACCCAGAGUCUUUCCUGGAGCCUGGGCAGAGAGCCCUGCCCUGCUGGUCCCCCAUCUUCCCAGAGGCUCCGCGCAGGCGCCCUCCACCUCAGCGGCACGGCCCACACCAAAGAGCAGGGCGCCCAGCCUGGGACCUGGGAGUAGAGGACUCCGCCCGGGAGGCAGGGCGGCCCUGGGGACCCAGGCCCACUGGCCGCCGUCACCACCAAAGGCAAUCAUUUCCCCUGUACAUGCCCCUCCCCCAUCCGCCUUCAUAUUGAAGGCUCUGGAUUUUGACUAUUUUUAUUUGGUAUUUCUCUCCUCUUCCCCUCCUUGUCCGGAGUCUGUGUUGCGGGGUCCCUGCUCCCACUGUCUGCUGUUGGGAACAGGGACCCAUGAAAGCAUUGGAGAACAGUGCCUUGGAAAUGUCACCGACCGCCAGGCAGCUCCCUCCCUCCCUGUCCACAGGUGGCCGAGUGUGUGGUGAGGGCAGGAGGGCAGUGGUGGGCCACAGAGGCAGACGCCGGUGCGUGGAAGGGGUUUCAUAAAUUAUAUUUAAAGAGAAGCUUUUUGUAUAAAUAAAAGAAAAUGGACCACG